AUGCGCAAGCAGGGGAUGCUUCUGCCUGUUAUUCCUCAGCAUCCAGUCUCUAUCUCAGAGUUGGUUCUCUCGCUGUUUUCAUCGAGAAAGUGAAGGAAAACUCAAAGUGAUAUUCUACCUAUAUUUUACUUUUGUCAAAAACUAAAUUGUAUUUCAUGAUGAAUGGAAUUUCGUAGGAUCAAGUCGAGAAGAGACUGUACUAUCUCUGUCGCUCAGUGAGUAUCUCGCCGUUUCUGAUUGUGCUGCUACAGAAAUGCUUGAAACUGCUGCCUGUUUGGUCGUGCGUAAUACCGGGGAUUGCAGUAUAUUGCGAAGCUAAUCCCCUGACUAACAAACAAUGUACCCAUUCAAGCCUGGCUCAGAACGUGUCCGGUGACUGAUUCCUGGUUUAAUUUGCCUUUUGGAUUGUAAGAAGAUCAAUGGAGAGCCCUUCGCGUCCGUGCGCCCGGGUGCCAUUUUAACACUAAUGCUGUGUUAAUUUGGGCUUGCAUGUCCGCACUGAAAUUGCCAACUCCAAGACUCAUACAACGUUGAUGCUGGAUAAUUCAGCAACAUUGUUGUAAAAAUGCUGAACAGCGUUUUGUUGCUCAGCGUUUUAACUGUGACCAGUUUCUCAUCGAAGACUGAGAGUCGCAAAACUUCGAAAGACAUUUGUAAGAACCGCUGCUCGUGUGAGGAAAAGGAGAAUAUAUUGAGCAUCAACUGUGAAAACAAAGGAUUUACAACGGUUAGUCUAUUUCAACCCCCACCGAACAAAAUCUGUCAACUCUUUCUCAAUGGAAACUUUCUUUCGAGGCUGAAUCUGAACGAGUUUGUCAAUUAUGGUAAUGUAACAUCACUUCAUCUGGGAAACAAUGGGUUACAGGAGAUAAAGACCGGAGCUUUUACUGGACUGAGAUUGUUAAAACGACUUCAUCUCAACAACAAUAACUUGGAGAUAAUCAAGGAGGACACCUUUGCUGGUUUAGAGAGUUUGGAGUAUUUACAGGCAGAUUAUAAUUACAUCAGUGCCAUUGAAGCAGGUGCAUUCGGUAAAUUGAAUAAACUCAAAGUACUGAUUCUCAAUGACAACCUCCUGCUCUCUCUUCCCAACAAUGUAUUUCGUUUCGUCAUGUUAACGCAUUUGGAUCUAAGGGGGAACCGGCUUAAGAUGCUGCCUUUUGCUGGUGUGCUGGAGCAUAUAGGCGGCAUUAUGGAGAUCCAACUGGAGGAGAACCCGUGGAACUGCACCUGUGAUCUGAUCCCCUUAAAAUCCUGGCUGGACACCAUCUCAGUCUUUGUAGGGGACAUCGUGUGCGAGACCCCAUUUAGACUGCAUGGAAAGGACAUUACGCAAUUGAUUAAGCAAGAUCUAUGCCCCCGACGAAAUGCUGGUGAUUCAAAUCACCGCGUAAUGCAGCCUCCCUCUGACUCCCAAUACCACGGCCUGUCUCCCACCCUACACCCCAGUGUCACACCAACAAAAACCCCAAGGGCCUCCCGUCCCCCUAAAAUGAGAAAUCGCCCCACACAAAGGGUAACGUCUAGUAAGGACAAACAAGUGUUCGGGCCUAUAAUGGUUUAUCAGACUAGGUCCCCUGUUCCCAUGACCUGCCCUAGCAUAUGCGUCUGCACCUCUCAGAACCCAGACAGUGGAUUAAAUAUCAACUGCCAGGAGAGGAAAUUGCAUAAUAUAACAGAGCUCACCCCUAAACCGUCCUAUCCAAAGAAAUUGCAUUUAACAGGCAAUUACUUACAUACCAUAUACAGAACAGACCUAACCGAAUACAGCUCACUAGAGCUCCUCCACUUAGGAAAUAAUAGAAUAGCUGUCAUUCAGAAUGGGGCCUUUGAACAUCUGGCUAAUCUACGGAGACUUUACCUCAAUGGCAAUUACAUUGAAAGUCUAUCCCAGUCAUUAUUCGCAGGGCUGCAUAGCCUUCAAUACUUAUACCUGGAGUACAAUGUUAUCAAGGACAUUUUACCCCAGACGUUUAACUCGUUACAGAAUCUGCAGCUUCUGUUCCUAAACAAUAAUCUACUGAGAUCCCUUCCCGACAAUGUUUUUUGGGGGACUAUGCUGACAAGACUAAACCUGAGGAACAAUCAUUUCUCCCACCUGCCGGUGCGCGGUGUGCUCGACCAGCUCUCCGCAUUCAUUCAGAUCGACCUGCAGGAGAACCCAUGGGAUUGCACCUGCGACAUCGUUGCCCUUAAAAACUGGAUGGAGCUGUCCAGCACCAGCGUAGUGGUAAAUGAAAUCACAUGUGAUUCGCCCUCCAAACACGCAGGGCGCCUCCUCAGGUCCCUGCGUAACGAUGCAAUUUGUCCUGAGCCUAAUGAGAUCACAAUAACCAAGGCCCCCACCGUCAGACCCAGCACUGACUCCACUCCUCCCUCUGCCAUCACGCCCACAGACGAGCAGGUGCCGGAGAUGCACGCGGAGGUGCCCCUGUCGGUUCUCAUACUGGGACUGCUCGUGGUUUUCAUUCUGUCGGUCUGCUUCGGGGCUGGUUUGUUCGUAUUUGUCCUCAAACGACGCAAAGGUGCUGAUAGCGUUCCCGCCAGUGUCAAUAAUGUAGAUUUAAACUCAUUCCAGGUACAGUAUGGUUCUUAUAGCACAGAGCCCACUGCAGAUAAAACAGAGACGCAUGUGUAUAACUACAUCCCUCCCCCCGUUGGCCAGAUGUGUCAGAAUCCCAUCUACAUGCAGAAAGAUAGCGAGCAGGUGGCCUACUAUAGGAAUCUAAAGGAACUAAGUUUCAGCACCAUGGACACUAAAAAGUCGGAGUUGCCCCCAAGUCCAUAUACUAUAAGCACAGUGGAGUUCAUUGAGAAACAAUCUUGCGGCAAUCGAGAGCCCGAGCUGCUUUAUCAAAACAUUGCAGAGCGGGUUAAGGACCUUCCGACUGCUGGGGCUCUGAAUUAUAAUUUUUGCACUUUACCGAAAAGACAGUUCAUUCCUCAAUAUGAAAACACUAGACGACACAACCAGGACAGGUUGAAUAAAACUGUUCUCUAUGGGACUCCACGAAAGUAUUAUGCCGAUCAAUCAAAAAAUGAACACUCUGUACUGCCUGGAAAGCUAAAAACAGAACCAGACUACCUCGAAGUUCUGGAAAAACAAACUGCAAUGAGUCAGUUGUAAGAUUAUGGCCCUACUUAGUAUCAUCAACAAUUAUUACAUCGAUAUGUACUCCACAAAUUGACGAGUCCAACUCAGUGUCCAAGCGUUUUCUCUCCUUUAUUUUCCAGCUGUAUUGAGUAAACGUAUAUGCAGUUAUAUUAUUUUACUGGAGGUUUAAAUUAUUUAUUCUACUUGAAAUAUAGUCUGUAGCAGGUACCGCAAGAACUAUGUAAAAUACAGCUUUGUGCAUUUCAUAUUCUAUAUUUGAUUUAAUCUGUGGGAAGGGAUAUCCUUUUAUUAGAAGAACAUAAGUGAAUAAUUAUGAAAUGACUUUCCUGUACAUAAUAGCCUAUUGAUGGUGAGUGUGAAACACAUGUACUGCUUCCGUCCACUUGGCAAUCCAUUUAUUCCAGAAGUGCCUUUGCACUCCAAGUAUUUUAUCGUUGCUUUCUGCAAAUGGACAUUUUAUAAGUGCUGUAUUUUAAGAAUCUUUAUGUAAAAUAUAAUUAUUUGUCCAUUACAUUAAACAUAAUUGAAGAGUGUAUGAUAUUUAUGGUAGAGAAUAUGUUUUGAAUAUCUAAGUGUCUUUCAAGAUGUAAAAUUUAGAGAAUUGCAUAACAUUGUAUGCUAUAGAUGAUACAAUACAAUGCGCCAUAAGCGCAAUAAAAUUUUCACUGAAGCACUUUGUCAAGUCUGAAUUGAGCAUUAAGCAUUAAGAUUUUACGUCUGUCUCUCGCUCUCUCUCUCUGUGUGUGUGUGUGUGUGUGUGUGUGUGCGUGCCCCCAUGUGAUGAGGAGGGUUGGUUGUUUAGGGGCGUUUACAGCACUCUCUUUGAUCUAUGGACCACGGUGUAUUGACGAGGAAUUUGCUGAAUGACGCUUGUGCAUUCAAUUUAUCGACCAGCGUUUCUAUAGGUCCCUCACAGUAAUACCACAGGACUACCAUUCAUUUCACACCUAUAAUUUUUCACUCAAAAGGUAGAGAGCAGCAGUGUCCUCUAAAAGUAUAGAUUAUUUAUCUCUACGUUCUGAUUUAUGGAUGAUAAAAACUACUGCUCCACAACUACUGAUCUCCUGUAGCCUCCUUGAAAAGCACAACAUGAUGAUUAGUUCUCAACGCUCCUUAUACCAAAAAGGGUUUGUUUAUAGUGGUUUUAAAUAGACCAGUUUAUGUUCUGACCUUCAGGUGACAUUUGCUUUGAGGUCUGCUGUGGGCCUAAAUACAGCCUCCAAGCCCCCGUUAUUCUGCUGUUGGUCUCUCGUUUUGUUUUUGCCUGGUCCUUCACGUAGCUAUUGUGUCGCUGUCCAUGGUGCUGUUUGUUUUCUGCUUGCUACUAAUGCUGCAUUUUCUAUGGAUUCUACUACAGUAAGGGGACUUUUCACUUGCUUUGUUCGAUUUCACAUUGACUUUGUUAUGAGUGUACCAUGUGUUUUGUUGUUGUUGUUCUUAAUCAUAUUAAUUAAUUAAACUGAGAACUAAAUCAAAUUGG